AUGCCGGUAACCCAGAAUACAAAUACACGGUACCUCAAGGAGGAGAACCUGCUGAGACUUCUCCAACGGCUUUUCCCGGGUCAGGCUAACUUCAAUAUUCGGCUGAGAGACGAUCAGUGGUUAUUCACUGUACCUACCACAGUCAACGAAGAUGUCAUCAAGUAA